ACAGAAGAAGAUGAACGCGGUUGGACCUUGAACACAGUUAGUUAGUAGUUCUGCUAUCUGUCGCUGAUACAGCUUUAUUAGUCUGUCCUGCUGCAGAGGAUUAUAAUGUAUAUGUUAAAGUUUUGUGCCAAUAUCUCGUGGCUCUUCACGGAACUCCCGGAGUUCACGCAGCGGUUGCGGGCUGCGUCGUGUGCGGGAUUUCAGGCGGUUGAGGCGGCGUGGCUCUACGACACUGACCUGAGCGAGUUAAAAACAGUGAAGGAUGAAACGGGACUCGAGUUUGCACUUAUAAACACGCCCCCGGGAGAUUUGAAGAACGGAGAUUUGGGAUUGGCUGCUGUUCCUGGAAGAGAGAAGGAAUUCCGACUUGGAUUGGAUUUGGCUCUACAGUAUGCUAAAGCCCUGGACUGCAGAAGGAUUCAUUUGAUGGCGGGGAGGGUGCCUGUGGGGUCAGACCAUGCUGCUAUUGCCAUGGAGAUGGAGGACACCUUUGUGCAGAACCUGAAACAUGCUGCAGGUGUGCUCUCAAAGGAAGGAAUUCUUGGUUUGAUUGAGCCAAUCAACACCAGAAUAACAGAUCCACGAUAUUUCCUUGACUCUCCACACCAAGCCGCGGCGAUUCUACAGAAAAUUGGCCAUCCAAACAUCAAACUACAGAUGGACCUUUACCACUGGCAGAUCAUGGAUGGCAACUUAACAGAAAAUAUACGGAAAUACUUACCCAUGACAGGUCACAUCCAGAUCGCUCAGGUUCCAGAUCGUCAUGAACCAGACAGUGAUGGAGAGGUGAACUUCUCGUAUGUCUUUAAACUGCUGGAGGAGCUGAACUAUCAGCACUACAUCGGCUGUGAAUACAAACCACUGGGUUCCACGGAGGCGGGUCUGGAUUGGGUCAGAACAUACUGGAACAGACACAACUGAUGACUGAUUUCACUUGCAUCCAAAUUUUACAGCUUUUAGCAUUUGAGCAUUUCCUAAUAGAGCGCAAGAGUGCCCGUGCACUUUUUCAGCUGUCUUUGUUCUGGAAAUAAUUUUCCCAUUAAUUUAUACAUAAUUACAGUUCUAACCAAUGAACCAAACCAACAAGCUUUGAGGUGAAUCACAACACUACAAACAUUGUUAUGAAGCAAAAAAGUAUUUGAAAAUAGGUCAAAAAGACAGAGGUACAAGACUGUGGGAAUGACAUUCAUUUACAUAAAGCAUUGCGAAUGAUGAAUGAAUAAAAAAAUAAAAAUAAAAAACGGAAAAAUACAAAACGGUUGACUUAAAGUUGUUGAUUAUAACUAUAGAAACCAUAUCUCUUAACUGAAUAUUUUGCUUAUAUAACAAGUAGUUUGCGAGUGUAGGGAGAGCGACUCGUUUGUGUAUUCACAGUGCAUCAUGGAAGUUUGCGGUCACUGCAGAGCUCUUUUGGUGUGCUUUGUUGCAGCGAUUCUCUGAUUGGUGGAUUUCCCACCCCUGAGGAUCGUGUGAAGAUUAUAUAAAAUAU